AGGGGGGGAGAAAGCGAGAGGAGAGAGAGUCUCAGAUUGGUCAUACGCCUUCGAUGACACACACCCUAGCCGACAAAGGUGACCAAUGGGGUUUCUUGCCCAUGCAUUGACCUAGGCUACGCCCACAGCGCUCAUGACCUCUGGCCUCAGCCUUGACCCAAGCAGACACUACCUCGAGUCGCGGCCAUGCUCGCCCGCGGCCUCCCGGGGGCUACCCUGGUCUCUCCUGCACAAACAGGACAUACCAACCUCUGUCCACGCUACAGAAAACCUAUACUCUACAAUAAAUUCGUGAACCUGGACUGUGCGUUUUACAAGUCCCUCACAGAUGGUGCCAACUGGGGAUGUCGCUUCUUUCAAGCUUGUGACACGAACGAUGCCUCCGACCAGCACUCUCUCCAAAAACAAACUAAAAUGGCAGAUCAGCUGCGCGAGAAGUCUGGGACACAGCCGCCAGGACACACACCAAGCACGGCCGACAACACUUGCUGCUCCCGUCGAGGACGACGGGUGGGUGCGUGAGCCGAGCGAUCUCAGAUUAGUCAUACGCCUUCGAUGACACACCCCCUAGCCGACAAAGGUGACCAAUGGGGUUUCUUGCCCAUGCAUUGACCUAGGCUACGCCCACAGCGCUCAUGACCUCUGGCCUCAGCCUUGACCCAAGCAGACACUCUACCUCGAGUCGCGGCCCCGCUCGCCCGCGGCCUCCCGGGGGCUACCCCGGUCUCUCCUGCACAAACCGGCCAUACCAACCUCGGUCCACGCUACAGAAAACCUAUACUCUACAAUAAACUCGUGAACCUGGA